CGACACCCUCUCUGCAGAAAUCUGCAGAGGCAUCAUUCGUCUUCAUCACUUCGUUGUUGACAGACAAAGCAAAAAAGGUCGUCGUGCCUUUACGGAAUUCCUCAAUCCCUAAUCCUUCUUCUAAUGAUUUCGAUAAUGGCGACAGAUUCUCCCUCAUCUCCUUAAUUCUACUUUUUCUCUCCCAACCAACAAAUUUGCAAUGGGCCCCCACUGAUUCUUCGUCUUUAUUGCGCGGAUUCCUUCAGUGUCCCUUGGGGUUUCCGGCUGUUUCUUCUUCUUUCGCAACUGAAGCAAAGCGAGGAGCAGGAGCGCAGAUCAGAGGGAUGGGGUUUUGAUGUUCGUCAGCGAGAUCUGCUUUGUGGCUUCCUUUCUCUCUGGCUCAAUUGUCGAGGGCUAUGGAUUCGACAACGAUAAGAUGCCUUGUCAACAGCAUUUCUCGAUUUGUUCUUCUGGUAACAAGCCGCGUGUCGAAUGCUAUGCCGGUUGGGAAGGAUUACAUAGAUGUAGGUUCUCUGUUGAAGCAUUUGAAGCCGGCUCUCGAUGAUGUGCUUGAUCUUAAUGUCCCCCUGGAUGAACCUCUCCUUAAAGAAUGUGAAGAGCUGGAUACAGCCGUCAAUGAUGCUCGAGAAUUUCUUGAGAAUUGGUCUCCGAGAAUGAGCAAGAUACUUUCUGUUCUUCAGAGUAAACCAUUGGUUGUGAAAAUUCAGAUGUCCACGGUGAGGCUGUCCGGAAUUAUAUGUACGCUACUUGAAUCGUCGCCAAAUAAAUUGGGUCUCUCUAAUGCACAGUUGUGCAUCGAAGAAUCUCAAGAAAUGAAGCUAGGACAAAUAUCGAAACUCAUAGAAGAGAUUUUCGAAUGCCAAAAAGAUGGGGAUAUUCAUGCGGCUGACAAUCUUUCGCGUAUUGUCGAGUCCUUAAAGUUGAAAUCGAGUCAAGAGAUCUUGAACGAGAAUAUUUCAGUCGAGAAGGAAAAACAGAAAGCCGAAGACAGUAAACUAAAAAAGAAAUCGGAUCAAAUCGCUCAAGCUGUAGACCUCAUGUCUCGUAUCCGUGGAUAUGUGUCGAAGCUUGAAAAGUUUAGAGCCGUGAAGGGUAUUGAGAUCCCUUCGUAUUUCCUCUGCCCGUUGUCUUUGGAACUCAUGUCGGAUCCUGUGAUUGUUUCUUCGGGCCAAACUUACGAGCGUGCAGCAAUCGAGAAGUGGCUGGAUUCCGGACUAGAGAGAUGCCCCCAAACCGGUAACAAACUCUCCCAUAAAAACCUCAUCUGCAAUUUUACGGUUAAAGCUCUGAUAGCAAAUUGGUGCCACGAAAACAAGAUAGAGCUCGCCAGAGGCAACGGUAAUGGUAACGCGAAUACAGAUAAGAUCCGGAGCCCUUCUGAGCGCACAAUUUUUGAAGAAUCCCGAGCUUCGUGUGAAGUUAGAAAUGGCGAGACAGCGAAAUUCGAUCAAUCUUCCCCUGAGCAUUCGUAUGUACACAGCCGGAGUGAAUCAGAGUCGAGCGCUGUUUCGAGCAUUGAUUUUGUCCCGGGAGCAGAGUCUGAAGUUUCUGGAAUAUCGAGUAAGCAAGACAGUGUAAACAAUAGCUCCCCCGAAACCAAUUCUGCGACCGUAAAGAGCAGAAUCUCCGGGGCGUCAUCGUUUUCCAGGAAACAGUACAGCAGCUCCAAAAUGACGACGGGAUUGGCAAACAGACAAGCGAAUCAUUCCCGAGUGCUCUCCUUUUCGACUGAUUCGGAAUAUAAUGAGCUGACUUCGACUUCCCAUGUCGAAAAGCUUAUUGAUGGAUUGAAGUGUGAUUCGGCCGAAGUACAAACAGCCGCAGCGGGUGAGUUACGGCACCUUGCGAAGUACAAUAAUGAAAACCGGAUCAUCAUCGGGGAUUGCGGGGCUAUCGCUCCGUUAAUCUCGCUUCUGCACUCGGACGUGGAGCUGACUCAAGAACACGCAGUCACGGCGCUCCUCAAUCUAUCGAUUUGUGAAUCAAUUAAGGUCCGGAUUGCCGAGGAAGGUGCGAUAGAACAGUUAAUCAACGUUUUGCGAACGGGUAAUUCAGGCGCGAAAGAGAACGCCGCAGCUGCUCUGUUUAGCAUCUCGCUUUUGGACGAGUACAGGAUCAAGAUCGGCAGAUCCGCGGCGGUAAAAUCACUGGUCGAGCUCUUGGGAUCGGGCACGGUCCGAGGGAAGAAAGACGCUGCGACUGCAUUGUUCAACUUGUCGAUAUUUCACGAUAACAAAGCCCGGAUAGUUCAAGCCGGAGCUGUAAAGCAUUUGGUUGGUUUCUUGGACCCUGCGGCUGAGAUGGUCGAUAAAGCCGCGGCGCUUCUCGCAAAUCUGUCGACAAUCCCGGAAGGGUGCUCGGCGAUUGCCCGAGAAGGUGGCAUUCCGUCGCUUGUCGAGACUCUCGACAACGGAUCUCAACGAGGUAAGGAAAAUGCAGCGUCGAUAUUGUUGCAGCUUUGCCUACAGAGCUCGAAGUAUUGUCGUAGCGUGUUGCAGGAAGGAGCCGUCCCGCCUCUCGUCGCGCUGUCGCAGUCGGGCACUCCGAGGGCUAAAGAAAAGGCGCAGCAGCUGCUCGGCCACUUCCGGAGCCUGCGCGACAGCGCCAUUGCGAGAGGGAAAUCGUGAGACGGGGAAGUUUCACGACGAUGUUUUAUUCUGCGGCGAGGUCUCAGAUUGGAUCUGAUCGAGUCUGUUUCGGGUCGGGUUAUCGAUGCGGUUUGUGAGUAUGGGAUGAGAUGAGAUGGGAGAGCAUCGGCUGCCGGUUUUGAUUCUGGUAAGUUAAGUAAGUAGUCUGUAUGUAUAUUUUAAGUGUUGAAUGUAUGUAUAUAUAUAUAUAUAUAGAGAGAGAGAGAGAGAGAGAGAGAGUAGGUUACAAUGUUGGCUGAAACUCGAACCUAAGAUUUGAUGAUGCAUAUUCACUCACGUAUUCUUGUCUCAUUCUUGACUUUAUGUGCUUAAA